AUGGUUUAUAGCAAUGGCGCUGUCUAUCUUUUGGUUUUAACUGCAAUUAUUGCAAUAAACAUUACACCAUCAGCCAGUUAUGCUUGUGGUCCUGGCAACUGCAAUUGCAAGACCUGUGAAAGUCAAACAUGUUAUCGUGGUUCUACAGCUGCCGGCUGCACAGAUAAAAACGGACUCGGUUGUUGCUCUUCUUGUUGUAUUGCUGUUAUUCCACGUCGUGAUGGCAUUUAUUAUGGUCCUUAUUACCCAAAUACUAAGUCAGGAAUGUAUUGUCCAGAUAAUCAACUUGCUAAUCCAGUUGAUAGCUACAUGCUCUCAGACAGUGGUUGUAAUAAAGCUUACUGUCCAACACCUGGCAGUUACUGCCUUUGGCCUGGUGCAACACAGACCAAAAUAAAACGUACCUUCACUGACAAAUUGGCUUAUUUCCGUCGUACUCUUAAUAGCGCUCUUGACAAUGACAACAGCGACGAUGAAGAUCGUAAAUAA